UUUAAGUUUUUUUGUUAGCCAGUUCAGUUUUUGUGCAUUUCUUUCAGUUGAACAGCAGAGAAAAAUUCGUUUUCAUGCCAAAAAUGGUGAAUAAUUCGGUUGUGAACGCGCCAUUCUAUCAGGAGAAGCGCAAAACUUCUGCACGCUCCAAUUCCAAUGGAGAAACGGCGGCUAUUAAUUCGGAUCCUAGCAGCAGCAGCAGCGGCGUUGGCAGUGGCAGCGGCGCCGGCAGCGGAGUCGGCAGCGGCGCCGGCGCCUUUGCAGUGGACAACAAUGAGCAUUUGCGUAAGAUUUUUGUUGGCGGUCUAUCGAUAAGCACCACGGCGGACAUGAUGCGUUUAUUCUUCGGACAAUUUGGCGAAGUUGCCGACGCUGUGGUGAUGCGUGAUCCGAUAUCGAAUCGCUCGAGAGGCUUUGGAUUUGUCACCUAUGCGGAGCCCGAGUCUGUGGAGAAUGUGCAACGUGCGCGUCCGCAUAUUAUUGAUAGCAAAACCGUUGACACCAAACGCGCCUUUCCACGCCACGAAUUCAACCGGGCCGUUGGACAUCUGAGCAACAUUAAGACAAAUAAGAUAUUCCUGGGUGGCCUCAAGGAUUGCCACGAUGAGAACUCGCUGCGAGAGUAUUUCGGACAGUUUGGUAAUAUCACCAGUGUCAAGGUACUGCUCGAUAAGGAGACGGGACGCAAGCGCGGAUUUGGAUUUCUGGAAUUCGAGGAUACGGCAAGUGCUGCACGUGCCUUAGCACAAGGCAAGCAUUCGAUAAAUUUGAUAACCGUGGAGGUGAAGAAGUCGACUCAGGUGCCGGAUUGCAGCAAACGCAUCCGGCUGCCAAUUGGAGGAGCUGCCUGUGCGGGCUAUGCUCCACCACAGCCGACCAUAAUGGAUAACUUUGUGUACAAUGCCAACUAUAAUCCGUAUCAGGCGCAAACGUCGCUGCCACCAUCGGCAUUCUUCAAUGGCUGGGCUUCAUAUGUGGCGCCCACUGUACCGACUCCCUAUUUGCGCUAUCCACAUCAUCAGCCGCCAAUGUCUGCCUAUGCCCAGGCAGCUGGAGGAGGAGCAGGUGGUUGGUCCUAUGGCCAUUCGUCGUACGGUUCCGAUUGGCCCGGCAAUGGUUACAAUUCGGUUGUUUGGCCGGUGAAAGGAGGUGGCCCAAAACCGGUUCAGAUGCCAACGUUGACGCACGAACGUCCCAAGAAUGAGUACAAAUCGGUGCAGGCCGAGGAGGCAACGAAGCAGCAGAUUAACGAUAAGCUGGAUACCGAUGAUAUUGAAAAGAAGUGGCUGGCCAAGGACUACAAGGUCUUUAAACCAUCCGGCAAAUACAACUUCAACACCACCCAGGUUAAUCACAUAAGUUCCCUGUCCAAUGGGGACUCGACACCUGCCUACGGCAUUUAAGAAGACUGCUUUUUUUGGGACAACAUGCAAUACCUUCUACUCUACUGAGCAUCUAUUUGCCGAAAAUGCAUUUUAUUAAUUGUAUCAAACUAUUGUGAUUUGAAAACUGUCAACUUUCUAGAUACUUUGAUGUAAAAAGAGGGCGUGGCAUGUCUUCAUUCAGUUUAUUAAACUCAUAAAUAAAAUGUUUACUCUUUUGUAGACGUCAUAAUAUA